AUGUAACAACAGCUGGCACAACUUUACACAAUGGUGUAGCGACAACCAGUAACACAACAGUUAGUACAACAACAAUAUCUCCCAACUACACAAUGAUAAAGAGCACAACUACAGCCUCUAACAAUUACACAACACCAGUGAUCAUUACUCUGACUAUUCUAUCUCAAAAUAAAACAACUGCAAUUAUUGGAACCACAGAGAAAAGCACAACUGCUGCAGUGUCUCACAGUACUAAACCUACUUCAGCUCCACUGAAGAACCAGACUGCAAAUUUCACCACAGUGAGUUUGACUCAUGUCACAACAAUAAGCAAAAAUGAAACCAUGCCCACCACAGCUGCCAGCACCGUCCAAACAGAUGACAGACCAGAGGCUGGUUUAACGACAACAACGACAACAACGACAACAACAACAACAGAAAAUGCAUCUGUUGUUAUUAUCUCACCCGCAACCACUGCAACUACUAUAACAGGUCAUGGUCCACAAGAUUUAAAUGGCACAACUGCUGAGGUUUCUUUGACUUAUACAACACCGCUCACCAAAACUACUACAACCACCACAGUGGCUGAGAACACAGGAACUUCCACAACUGAUGUACAAACAACUGAUGAAGCAGUCUACCUGUUGAAUCAAACACAGGCUAUAUCUCUGCUCAACGCCUCUCAAGUGUCAGUGUUGGUUGAGACGCUGGAGAAGCAUCUGGACAGUCCCUCUGUUUCACCAUCAGUGGUAAUCAAAGUUGUCAGUAACUUGAUGGACAGUAACCCUGAGGCACUCUCUAAAUCUGCAAACAGGCUGAUUCACUUGGUGGAUGAUCUGGGUGUUAAACUGGCUGUCACUGGUGGCGAUGGAAUUCUGUCAACCAGUUCCUUAGUUGUUGCUGUGAAAACAGUGAAUGGGAGCAACUUCACAACAAUCCUUUUUGAUGUUUUUAACACUGAUCAUGUCCAGUUCAGUGGCCCAAAAAGGACCAUGAAAAGCUCAGAGCCUGCUUUGGCGUCUGUAUACUUGCCUGCCUCCCUCACAUCUGGUAUCAGCCCUGAAGAGCAGAAGCAGGCCAACAGCAUCCAGUUUACUUUCUAUGCAAAAAAUUCAUUCUUUAAGGAUGCAUCAUUAGAUAACAAAACUCUUGUCAGCGCAGUUCUAGGCUCAAGUGUGGCUAAUCUGUCAAUUAGCAACCUGAGUGAAAACAUUAAGUUCACCAUCCGAAACAGAAACCCGGUUCAUGAAAACUACACAGCCAAAUGUGCAUUUUGGGAUUUCACGCUGAAUAGUGGUGGAGGAGGCUGGAGCUCUGUUGGCUGCUUUGUGGUCAACAGCACCCCUGAAUAUACAAUCUGCAGCUGCAGCCAUCUUACAUCCUUUGCAGUACUGCUGGAUUUGUCCAGACAGGAACUUCCUGACCAGAAGAACACACAAAUUCUUACUUUCAUCACCUACAUUGGCUGUGGAAUCUCUGCUAUUUUUCUUGCUAUCACAUUGCUGACGUAUCUUUCUUUUCCAAAAUUGCUAAGGGAUAUACCAGCCAAGAUCUUGGUCCAACUCUGUUUAUCUCUGCUCUUCCUGAACUUGGUGUUCCUGCUGGACAGCUGGCUGGCGAGUCACAACAAUACAGGCCUCUGUAUUUGUACUGCCUUCUUCCUGCACUACUUCCUGCUGACAUCAUUUACAUGGGCGGGGCUUGAGGCCCUGCAUAUGUAUCUCAGCAUUGUGCGAGUUUUUACACCCUACCUGAGCCAGUACAUGCUGAAGUUCACUUUGACGGGUUGGGGUAUUCCUCUUGUCAUUGUAAUUAUUGUGAUAUCCGUGGACAAAAACAACUAUGGUUUGAUUAAUUAUGGAAAACACACAAAUGACACUUCAGAUAACUUCUGCUGGCUGAGUAAUAACAUAGCCUUCUAUGUGGGUGUGGUGGCCUAUUUCCUCCUGAUCUUUAUCCUGUGCCUGCUGGCCUUCAUCGUUGUUAUGGGACAGCUUUCACGUAUCAAGAAGCAGAACCCCCACAACCAGUCUCCCAAAAGAAGUGUUAUGACUGAUCUGCGCAGUGUCACCGGCCUCGUCAUCAUCCUCGGCCUUACCUGGGGGUUUGCUCUGUUUGCAUGGGGACCCCUCUACUUACCCUUUGUUUACCUUUUUUCUAUAUUCAACUCUCUGCAAGGUUUCUUUGUCUUUGUUUUCCACUGCGCCAUAAAAGAGAAUGUCCGCAGGCAGUGGAGAACUUACCUUUGCUGUGGAAAACUGCGACUGGCUGAGAACUCAGAUUGGAGUCGAACAUUCACACAAAACAAGAAGAAUAUCUCUCGCUCCAGUGCAAUCACCUUGGAUCCAAAGUUCACUUCUCGAAGCUCCUCUGUUGUCAGUUAUGGCACCAAUAGCAGUGGCUCUGUGUUCGCGGACAGCGGGAUAUCUGACAGCUCCAACAAUGAUGUCGUCCUCAAUGAGAUUCACAGAGGAAAUCUGAAACAAGGCAAAACUACCAAAUGAC